UGUCUCUUCGACCUCCUAGGGCAUCCCAUGCCAUCGCAUCAACAGCAGUGAUAUCUCUUUCAAAGCCGUUCACUCCUAGAACACUUCAAACCUUACGACAUACGCUAAAUGCCUCUAAUUUCUCCAAGCCAAGAGAUAUUGACCUCCUCCGCCGAACACGGAAUGCCGCUGUUUUAAUACCUUUUUGCAACGUGGGUGGAGAACCAGGAGUUUUGCUUGAGGUAAGAGCGAAGACCCUGCGCAGUCAUUCCGGAGAAAUAAGGUUUCCUGGUGGCCGUGUCGACAAUGCAGACGAGUCUUUGAUAUACGCUGCGCUGCGCGAAACGAACGAGGAGCUGGGUAUUGACCCUGCUCGUGUGGAAAUUCUUGGUGGUAUAGGACCACCCGAAAUGAAUCUGCGGGGCGACAUGAAAGUUUGGCCGUUUGUUGGCUUCGUUCAUUCCCGCGCCGAGAGACAGAUUGUUGGUGAUGAAGAGCCAUUUCCUUCCCUUGAUCUAGACGAAAUACGCUCCAACGCAUCACCGACGGAAGUGGCAACCGCGAUACAUGUUCCACUCAGGGCAUUUGCCUCUCCUGCACACAUUCGCACCUCCAUGUUUCGCGCAGAGCAACCCUACUGGCCUGUUGAUGUCACCGACUUGGUUAAGUCAGUUCUCGCAGAGGAUGCCGUCACUUCCAAGACGUCAGAAGAGGUCAUAGAUGAAGUGGGCCCGGGUGUCAAUGGACGCAUAGAGGUCUGGGGAUUGACCGGAUGGUACUUGACAAUGUUGAUGAAAGCGCUACAUGUGUACCAUUAAC